UUUGAUUGCAAAAAUUCCUCUAUGAAACGAGAUGUGGUGCAUACACGAGAUGUGGAGCAUACUUUUUGCAUGAGACUGGUUGGGAUAAUACAAGGAAUGUUACAUGAACCAGAAUGGAAAAAAGAUGAUUCCUACGGUCGGCUAUUUUUAUUGGAUUUUUAAGUGCUUUGGUUAUAACAGAUAUUUUGACUGCUUGGGAAAAAUCUGCUGCUACUGCUGUUGCUGCAGAGUUUCUGAACCCCAUACUUUAAAGCCAUCAACCUUAGAAUCAAGUCCGAUGCCAUCAACUCCAGAGCCACCGACUCAACAGCAUCCGAUUCCAGGGUCAUCAACUUUAGAAUCCAAACCGAUGCCAUCGCCUCCAGAGCCACCGACUCAACAGCAUCCAAUUUCAGGGCCAUCAACUUUAGAAUCCAAACCGAUGCCAUCACCUCCAGAGUUAUCAAUCUUGCAGCAACUGCUUUCAGAGCCAUCAACAUUAGAAUCUAAUUCGAUGCUAUCAAAGGUGCCACCAACUCGUCAACCUCCGAUUUCAGAACCCCAAGCUGUAGAAUCCAGGUCAAUGCCAUUAUUUCGAAUGACUCCGGCUGUAGAACCACCAACUAUCGAAUCCAUUACGAUUCCACCAUUUAGAAUGACUCCGGCUGCAGAACCACCAACUAUAGAAUCCAUUUCGAUUCCAUCGUCUCCAAGCUACCAACCCCGCAGCAUGCGGCCCCAUCAUCGGUUCCAUAGUCACCUAUUGUAGAAUUCAGUUCGGUGCCAUUACCUCCAUAGUCAUCGAUUCUGCUACUUGCGAUCGAUGUUUAAGAUUCUUCUUUCAGACGACAACAAAUGUUUCAUGUUCUAUCGUUGGGCGACACUUUUAUACAUUAAAUUUUUAC